GUACAUCCCUUCCAACCACAGACUCUGAGUGAUUUAGAUCUAAACCCUAUCUCCGUUACUCUCAGUCUCUCGCUCGUCGCCGACGCCGUUGCUCGCCGCAUCUGUCAGACUCCAUCGCCAUCGCUACAGAGUGAGCUCGCCACAUCUGGUUACUGGUGAGAAGCUCACUGGAAAUAGGAUGUGAAGCUUCUAUACGGGAAGGAAGGAUUACAUUCAUUUGCUGCAUUUAGUGCUACAAGUGCCAAAGGGCACUGCUCCGCCAGAAAUCAUCCUUAAAUAUUUAUUUUUUUGUAACUAUCUUCAAACCAUGAAGCUUUCUGUAGUUUUCAAAUCCUUACGUAGCUAUCCCGCUCUUCGUGUGGUUACCGGCCCUCUACAGUCUCGUGCAUUUCAGCCUGAUUUCAUUCCCAGGGAUCCCAAAUCGAAGCCCGUAAGACACAAGUAUCCUGCUUUCUAUGAUCCUUAUGGCCCUAGACCCCCACCUUCAGAUAAGAUCAUUCGGCUUGCAGAACAGAUUGCAGCCCUGUCUCCUGAAGAGCGUAAUGUGAUUGGUCCUACACUUAGAGACAGACUAAGGCAUCCUAAGAUUCAACCAGUUUUAGUGGAGGGCAUGGACUUGGGUCCUCAGGGAGGGUCUGGCGUUGGGUCUUCAAAGGCUGAGGAGAAGAAGGUAGAAAAAACUGCAUUUGAUGUCAAGUUAGAAAAGUUUGAUGCUGCUGCAAAAAUUAAGGUGAUCAAAGAGGUUCGUGCUUUCACAAAUUUGGGGUUGAAGGAAGCCAAAGAUUUAGUUGAGAAAGUACCAGUUUUAAUUAAGCAAGGUAUCACUAAAGAAGAGGCAAAUGAUAUUAUAGAGAAAAUCAAGGCUGUAGGGGGAGUUGCUGUUAUGGAGUAGAUUUUCAACGAGUUUUGUAUGCUUUCUUUGAACUGUUAUCAAAGUUCUGUUGCCAGUUUUUUGCUCUGAUAGACAAACAAUUGCCAUUCUGAAGAUGUUGUUCUUGCAUAUUCAAAAGAAUGAAACUUUCCUUGCUAGGUAGAGGAGGACCAUUAUGUUUUCCUUCAAAUUUGGUUUUCAUACUUGAUAUUUUGUGCUGACCCUUAAUGGGAUUUUGUGAUACGGAUGGGCCACGAGGGAAAUGGGCUUAACAGAUGUCUGGUUUGUGUAAAAUUGCUUGUGUAUAAUAUUGGAAUUAUUGCUAAUUUAACUGUGGUUGCAACUUACAAGUAGUAUGUUUGCUUCA